GUGUCUACUGUAACGCCAUGCUUCGACACGCAUUAUAAUAUUUUGCUCGGCCUCGGAGCAUUUUUGUUUACCUUUUAUAACGGUGUACUUACCUACACACUCGCUCGUGUCCAUACAAUCGUGUAAGAUGACAGCUGACAGGUGUGAUUUUAUAAUAAUGUUCAAAUCGAGUCGAUGAGAGAGGGGCUAUAAUGUGGAUUUCCUCGUCUUAUUCGGCGCUAUAUUGACAAUCGUUGCGGCUUGUUGCUCAUUAAUCACAAUAACAGCCCGUAUUACAUCAGCAGACCGUGUAGCUGACGAAAUAUAUCUCUGGCGCGCCUAAUAUUAAAUUAUCAGUCAAAUAUUCAUUGAACGAGCUUAUUAUCAUGGCUGAUAACAUGAAUCAAGAUGUCAUGCAAAUGGAUACUGAUGGAGCAUCCGCGGCACAUUCGUUGAAUAUUGUAUCCAUGCAAGACAGAGCUUUCAGUCAAUUGGACGAUAGAACUUGUUCCAGAGCCUCGAUACAUUUUGUCGCUGAUUUAAACAGACAACCAGAUACUAAAAACAGUAUUGUUAUGAACAGCGUGGGCAAAGCCCCGGGAAUGGCAGAAUCAAAAUUGCCAAAAGCUGGUUCGAGGGUAUCUAGGAAAACUAUUAAAAAAGCUGGGCCUUACAUCUUGGGACCGGUAGUUGGACCGCAGCCCGUUCAUAGUAUCGUGCAGUGUUUAGCCAGACAUGAAGUUACUAAAAAGUGUUAUACCUUAAAAAUAUUAACUCUCAAAGAUUCUCUCGAUCAAGAAACUGAAGAUGAUCGGCAAGGUAAAAUGCUGAUGCACGCAGAGCACUCUAUUUUGGGCUUGUUAGAACAUGAGCAAGGUGUUAUAAACAAACAUGAAUUUUUCAAGGAUUAUGCCAUUGAUGAAAAAGUGGUUGAAUCAAAGCGCCGUAAGAAGCGUGUUUAUACAGGAAAAAUAAAGCAAAGAUUAUGUCUGGUUCUCGACUGUUUGAUAAAUCAUGACUUCAACCUUGACAGUGAAAAUUUCAUUAAUUUACAAGAUUAUGUAAUUAGUCAGAAAAAGUUAUCAGAAAAAGAGACUCUUGUGAUAUUUUAUGAUACUGUUCGGACAGUAGCUGCAUUUCAUGCUAAACAUGUCAUUCAUAGAGAUUUAAAAUUAGGCAAUUUGGUUUAUAAUAUACGCCAGAGAAAAACAAUAAUAACAAACUUUUGCCUUGGUGAGCAUAAGUCUGCUACAAGUGACUUACUCUAUGACCAAAGAGGAUCGCCUGCCUAUAUUGCUCCUGAAGUUUUGUCUGGAAAACAUUAUGCUGGUAAACCUGCUGAUAUGUGGGCUUUGGGAGUCAUGUUGUACACAAUGCUGUACGGACAAUUUCCAUUCUAUGAAAACACUCCAUCUGAGCUGUUCAAUCAAAUCAAAUCAGUGAGUUAUGUUAUACCUGAAGACAGCAGAGUUUCUGAUCAAACCAAAAGAAUUAUAAAAAAUUUAUUAGCUCUUCAACCACAAAAACGCUUGACUGCCACUCAAUUAUUAAAUUCUUUAGAAUCUGUAAUUGCUUUAUACAGAGUUCCUGAUACAGUUGAUGAUAAGUCAAGAGGCGAACAAGUUGUGCCUCAAUAUGUAAACAGAGAUGAAGCUGAACUAGAUGCUCUAUGCAACACACCUGCUGCAGCUGCUAAAAUGGCACAAAUAGAAGCAUUGUUAGGAAGUACUAGAGGAGAAAAUUUUUUUACAAGAUUUGUUACAAUGCAGGAGUCAAUGGAAGCUCAAAUGAUGGGAAGGGGCCCUUCCGCGGAUGAAGAUCUUCCACUGUACGUGCGAAGAAUGAAUACGCAGCUCAGCAAUAUCAGUCCAACCGAGUUCAGACGAUUAAUUCACAGAGACAAUCAACUGUCCGAGGAUUCUUCCACGAGCGAGGACAGCAAUGAUGCGAGAGACGACGUGAGUAUGGAUGAAAUAGAUAACGAAGAUGGCCGGGCCGGCGCGAGUGCCCAAGGAUCAUUGCCGGAUCAACGUAGGACUACAGGAGGAUCGUUUAGCCCAGUGAAUUACGAGUCGAUGAAUAGAGGCAACGCGGAUAAUUCUUGUAUGUAUCUGGCUCUGCGCAACAGACUUCAUAACGCUCUUACGCAAUCCAACGUAUCCGAGAGCAGCAGAGCCUUACUAAACAUGAUAUUUUCCGGCUCAACUCAGGGUAGAUUGAUAAGAAGCGCGUAUCAACAACAGCAGCAACGAGAGCAUCAGUCGGUCCGGGUUCGAAAUACGCUCCACGAAGUGUUGUCCCCCUACGCGAGGCGAAGAUCCCUCUGGCUCUCGAGAAGAUCGGCAUCGAAUCGUUUCCCAAAUCCUCCUCAUCAUCCCCAGAGCCCGUCGAGCAAUAAUCAGAGAGCACCGGUCAAUAACAAUAACAAUAAUAAUAAUAAUAAUAAUAAUAAUAAUAAUAAUAAUUCGGAACGCGGAUCGAACGUGAACAAUAGUUCGAAUUCGUCGUCGAUGGAUAACAACAAUAGAAACGGACGAGUCAAUCCGAGCAUGAGCGACGUCCUGGUACCGGAGCAACAACAACAAGACAACAGUCGCACCGCUGCCACGCGACAAGUCAGAUGUCCCGAGAACAACAGCAACAUCGCGACGACGAUGCAGAUCUUAGGCUCGAAUAAUAAUAGUAACGGAUCGUCGACGUUGACGCGACAGGCGUGUUUACGAAGACUCGCCAGGGAGGUGAUCAUGUCGAACAACGUCAACGGCGAUGCUCUGUUGGAUUCGGAAUUCAGGCAUCUGUUGUCCGUCAGAUUGGCGGCUGCAUUGGCCACUGCAACCAAUACCAAUGCUAACACCGUUUCGCCGAGCGGUAAUAACUCGACCGAGCUCGAUGGUGUAAGUAACGAUCGAGCGAACGUCAACGACGGCGACUACGGUUAAAAAAAAAGUGCGCGUUUAAUAAGUGACAAAAUUUACGAGGCUUGUAUAUUUUGCUAAAAAAAA